AUGGCUUCAGUCGCAUCGACCUGGGUCUCACCACCCACGAGGACCCCCUUGAUCGAAAACCUUGUCUCCGGUGUCGAUCGCUACAACCCGAACAAUGUCGGAAUCCUCGAGGAUUACCUUUACCACCAGAUCAGAAGCGAGGAGUACGACUGUCUGGCAAACCUCGCCAUCUUGAAGCUCUAUCAAUUCAACCCUGACCUAUAUAACGCCGACGUUGCCAUCAACAUCCUCAUCAAGGCACUGACCUCGUCCCCCUUCCCCGACUUCAACCUUUGCCUCUCGCUCCUCGAUGAACGGCCAGUCAACCAAAACCCCGACGAGCCGGACCCGCUCCCCUCUCUCCUGCCCAUCCUCACCACCCUGUACAAUCUCCUCCAACAAUGUCGCUUCCCUGCCUUCUGGGCAACGUACCGCUCCGAGGAGGCGGAGGCGCUGCGUGACAACUACACCGUCGAGUGUGUGGGUUUCGAGAAUGCGGUUCGAGACGUCGCCACCCGUGCAGUGAAGGCCGCAUUCAAGCGGAUAGGCGGCGCACGUUUGGGCUCCUACCUCGACCUCUCAGGCGAUGAGCUGACUGCGUACGUCGAGAAGCUUGGCUGGACCGUCGACUCUUCGACCGGUGUCAUCGUAGUGCCACCAAACCUAGACAACAACCCCCAGUCGACGGUGGUGCAAGAGUCCAUCCAGCUGCCUCAACUCACAAAAAUCAUCGCACACGCAGCCAUAACCGCAUGA